UUUUGUUUCUCUGGCCUCUGACUUACUUGGAUGGGAGAAUGGCCAAAAAAAAAAGUCUGCUGAGUAUCUCAGAUAUAGGGAAUGGGUCCUCACCAGACCAUAAAAAUAGACCAGUAAAAGCCAUAACAGUAGUGUGAUAUGUGUGUGUGUUUUUUUUUUUUUUUCUUUCCUAAUUCCUCUGGCAACAAACCACAUACUGGGAUGGGUUUUUUUUUUUUUUUUUUUUUUUAAGCAUAUUUAAACUCACACUCUUUAUGUAAUGAGGAUUUCAGUGUAGGGUUUUUCUGCAGAAUACCAUUUGGUCCUACUAAGAACCGUCUGUUCAAAUGUUUGAGCAUUUGAUUGAAAAAUCCUUCUUAGCCUUUUUAAAGAUAGCUUACAAAUGAUUAGAAGAAUUAAUUCUUUCUGAGACUCCUCAGAUGAUUUCCUAUAAAAUUUGUAUCUUGCUGUAUACUUGUGAAUAAGGACCAGACCUCUGGAAACCACCUAAUCAGACCUGGGAGUUUGAAAGAAGCAGGUGCUGAACCUUAAUUUCUCCCCCGAUUAAGAAAAUGGGCUGUGACCGAAACUGUGGGCUCAUUGCUGGUGCUGUCAUUGGUGCAGUCCUGGCCGUGUUUGGAGGCAUUCUAAUGCCAGUCGGAGACAUGCUUAUUGAGAGGACAAUCAAAAAGGAGGUUGUACUCGAGGAAGGUACCAUUGCUUAUCAAAAUUGGGUUAAAACAGGCACAGAAGUUUACAGACAGUUUUGGAUCUAUGAUGUGCAAAACCCACAGGAAGUGGUAGCUAAUAGCAGCAAAAUUAAAGUUAAACAAAGAGGUCCUUACACGUACAGAGUUCGUUAUCUAGCCAAAAAAAAUAUAACCCACGAUCCUGAGAACCACACAGUCUCUUUUCUUCAGCCCAAUGCGGCCAUCUUCGAGCCUUCACUAUCAGCUGGAACAGAGAAUGACACUUGGACUGUUCUCAAUCUGGCUGUAGCAGCUGCACCCCAUCUCUACCCAAAUGCAUUUGUUCAAGUGGUACUCAAUUCACUUAUCAAAAAGUCAAAAUCUUCCAUGUUUCAAAAAAGAACUGUGAAAGAGCUCUUGUGGGGCUAUAAAGAUCCGUUCUUGAGUUUGGUUCCAUAUCCUAUUUCCACGACAGUUGGUGUGUUUUUUCCUUACAACAACACUGCAGAUGGAGUUUAUACAGUUUUCAGUGGGAAAGACAACAUCAGCCAAGUUGCCAUAAUUGACACUUACAAAGGUAAAAAGAAUCUCUCCUAUUGGCCAAGUUAUUGUGACAUGAUUAAUGGUACAGACGCAGCCUCAUUUCCACCUUUUGUUGAGAAGACGCGAGUGUUACGUUUCUUUUCUUCUGACAUUUGCAGGUCAAUCUAUGCUGUGUUUGGAGCUGAAAUUAACCUGAAAGGAAUCCCUGUCUAUAGAUUUGUUCUUCCAUCCAUGGCCUUUGCAUCUCCACUUCAAAAUCCAGAUAACCAUUGUUUCUGCACAGAAACCGUUAUCUCCAAUAAUUGUACAUCAUAUGGUGUAUUAGACAUUGGCAGAUGCAAAGAAGGAAAACCUGUGUAUAUUUCACUUCCUCAUUUUCUACAUGCAAGUCCUGAUAUUGCAGAACCCAUUGAAGGCUUAACUCCAAAUGAAGACGAACAUAGCACAUACUUAGAUGUUGAACCUAUAACUGGAUUCACUUUACGAUUUGCAAAACGGCUGCAAAUCAACAUAUUGGUCAAACCAGCAAAGAAAAUUGAGGCAUUAAAGGGUCUUAAGCGGAACUAUAUUGUGCCUAUUCUUUGGCUUAAUGAGACUGGUACCAUUGGUGAUGAGAAGGCAGAAAUGUUUAGAAAAAGAGUGACUGGAAAAAUCAACCUUCUUGGCCUGGUAGAAAUUACCUUACUCAGUGUUGGCGUGGUGAUGUUUGUUGCUUUUAUGAUUUCAUACUGUGCGUGCAGAUCAAAGAAAGUAAAAUAAGCAGUAAAUGAGUUUCGACCUUUAUGUACCAGCUACAUCAGGACCAUUGUUACUAUUGACCUACAAAAUGAAGAUUAAAUAUGCUUUAUUUUUACAAAACACACCUUCUAGUUGAAGAAAUGGUGGCAUUAUUUUUGCACGAAGCAGCAGCAUAUUUCUAACUGAUUUUAAGAUAUUAAAAAAUUAUACUUUGAACACAAAACCGGAGCCUUUUAAAAUUCUUCAUGUUCACAAAUUGAUUUCAGUUUCUAUGGACCUGGCUCAAGCAUGAACCAAUUGUUUUUAUUUGGUACUGAUUCACCAACUGGUUCCCUGGUGGCAAAUUCAGCACAGUGCACAUUCUCAACAAAUGUUGGACCCUGAACGCUUGUCUUCUUUAUCAAGGGAAAACAUCAGCGUCCCUAUUCGUUGCAAUGGACUGACGCCAGGACUGUCAGUACAUCACAUUUCAUAAGCGCCACCAAUUGUGAAAGACAUUUAAGAAUGGAAAGUAAAUAAUUGGCCUUAAGAGCCAUUCAUUAUAUAUUACUUAAGUUUCUUUCUCUUUGGAAUCCUUUGUACAGCUACAGCAGGCAUUGUAACCAUUUUCUUACUUUAUAGCAAAUGGGCUUAUAUUUUAUCACUAAUUAUGCAAAUGGACAUUAUUUUUAGCACAUUUUGGCUCUUCAUGGUUAAGAACUUUGUCAUCUUCCACAUCCUGAAGCUCUUCUAGCAAUACGGGGAGAUUGUGAUCUUUCUGCUCAGUUACAUGCAACUUAUGCUUGGCAACUUCACAAUCCUGUGCUAGCAUUAAGAGAUGUAAAUGACUAUAAAGGAAUUAUCAUAUGAAAGAUUAUCAAGGAUUGAAUUGUGUUAAUAGUUAUUUGUUGUAAUAGUUCUUAUUUCCCUUGUCACCUCGGAAAGACUGGUCUCAAACAUUAAAAUAUGUUCUUCCUUAAA